AUGAGGAUGGACACUGCUGAAGAAUGGUUGAGAAUACAACCAUUGAGGAGUAUUACUUCUUGGGAUGAUUUAGCUGAAAAAUUUACAGCUAAGUUCUUUCCCUACAACCGCAUAAGGAAGUUGAAGCAAGAGAUCAAUUCCUUCAUCCAGCUGGACUCCGAGAAUCUCUAUGAGACAUGUGAGAGAUUCAAAAGACUUCUGAUGAAAUGCCCAGGCCACAACAUCUCCAAUGCUGACCAAGUGGAGAAGUUCUAUGCAGCUCUCAAUGACUACACUAGAGACAAGUUGGACACAGUUGCAAGCGGAGCCUUUGAUGCUCUAGCAACCCAACCAGCACUUGACAUCAUAAACAAAUUGGCUGCUAGAGCUGCACAUUCAAACAAUGACAGACAGAACCGGAAGAGAGUUUAUGAGGUUGAGACUCUUGAUGCAGUUCUUGCAUCCAACAAAAAGCUUGCACAAAAGGUGGAUGCCAUGGUGAAGAGGCUCGAAGGUGGGCAAAGGAAUGCUGAGGAUGCUGAAUUUGAUGAAGAGGUGAAGGCCAUGGGGAAUUAUCAAAAUGAUCCCUACUCCAACACUUAUAAUCCAGGUUGGAGAAAUCAUCCUAACUUCUCUUGGAGGGACCAAAACAACUCAGGAGAUGCUGGUGGUUCAAAUCAAUUUCCAAAUCAGAGGCAAUACCAGCUGAAUCAAAGGCCUCCACCACCUCAAAAUCAGGGGAAUGGUAAGAAGAGUUUGGAGGAGAUUGUCGUUGAUUUGGCGCUUACUAAUCAGAGUUUCAUGAAUGAGACCAGGGGUUUCAUGAAUGAAACUAGAACCAGCUUCAAGAAUCAUGAGUCCUCCAUAAAAAAUUUGGAGACUCAAGUUGGCCAAAUUGCCAAGGCCAUUGCUGAAAGGUUUCCAGGUACGUUCCCCAGUGACACUCUCAUUAAUCCUAAGGACUCCAAAUCUGAAAAUUGUUCUGCUGUCACUCUUAGGAGUGGCAAAACUUUGAAUGAAAUUGAGGAGUUAGUUGAAAAGAAGAGUGAUGAACUUGAGAAAGUGGUUGAGAAAGAAAAAGAGGGAACAAAAAGUGAGGAAGUUGUAAAAAACAAAGAGUGUGAGGAUUCUUUUUGUGAGAAAAUAACUUGCAAGGUACCAUUUCCUAAGGCUUUAGUGAAGAAAAAUCUGGAAAAACAAUUUUCAAGUUCUUAG